AUGGUCGGAGUUGCCGUGGGAAGCGUGGCUCGGGCUGCCGAAGCGGAUUUUUUGGCCUCCGGCCGCUUCACCGCGGCGGAUUGCGUAGAAUUAGUGUUAGUUUAUGGGACCAAGCUGACACUUUAUCGGAUUCUCAGCUCUGCAGUUGUAUAUGUCGCAGACACCGACCUACACGCUCACCCCAUCGCGAUCGCUACUGUGCCAGGUUGCAUCGCUCUGGGCACUUCUAAGCAGCCGCUAGACGCCAUAACAAUUCUUUUCCCAGGAGACAGACUUGUCAUAGCUUCCGCAUCGGCAGAAGGCCACUUCCACCAGCUCUUACUGUCGCAAAUUGACUCUUGCAAACCCGCAAAAGAUGAGAAGCAUGAAUCGCUCCAUGAAGACAUGAUGUGGAACAGUAAUUUUUCUGGAGCUUCGCCACUGCUAAGCAUAAAUCUACAGGGAGGAGGAAAGAAACUCUACAGCAUCUUGCUGGCCUAUCCAGUCAACUACCUAUACGUGCUCACUGUUGAAUUUGGCAAAUUCAUGGAGGGAGACAAGUCGCUAAAUUUGAAGGGAUCGCAUCUAAUCUCUAAUUCUGAUAACGGCUCUACGCAUAAACCCAUACUACCCCUGAUGGUAGUUGAUAGUAUAAAAUUUAUGGUGGACGGAGAGGGGAUCAGUGAGGCCGAGGGUGAUAGAGCGGGCCCUAAUGUGGUGAUAAAGUCACUUAUCGCAGUUUCAGAUAAUGUUUGCGCCAUACUGGUGUCUAAUUGCCCAGAAAAAGUGGGAAUUCACACGCCUCAAGGCACAAGCAACGUGCUCUUCUUUUCAGUGUCAAAGGUAAAUGGGUCACUCUCACUGCUCUCAAUCAGAACAGGGAUACCUCUUGACGCAUUUAACCUGAUCCCCCAGGGCAAAGAUCCCCAAUCUGCAUGCAAUGACUGCUCGGUGAUUGUACAAUGCCACGAUAGAUUGAUACAGGUAAACCCAUACACGACAAAUGGCUUUGACGUAAUCACCAGCAAAUUCUACCUAUUCCGCACCAAUGUUACCCUUGGAAACUCUGUUUUGGCGGACUUACCUGUCGAAUUGGAGCUUUGCCACGUUGAAGCCCUUACAGAUCAUCUAAUAGCCCUGCUACCGCUGAACUCGUUUGCUGCUCCAAUCAUCCUAAUCAGCCUGGCUAUAAAUGCAGAGGGAAAAUAUAUAUGUCAAGGUUUUAACGCAUUAGCCAGGCCGCCAUUUUAUGCCAACAUCUGGCACAUGAUAUGCAACUACUCGACCCAGUUGCUGGUCUCCUCCGGGGCUGGGAUGUCAAUAUACAUCCAUACGCUUGACAAUUUCACUGCAACAAUUGAGCCGUCUGCCCCUGUCAUUCGUGAUUACACGAUUCCGAUCGAUGCCACGGUUUUUGAUGCUCAACCCACGACCAUCUCCAUCCUAACACACGCGGUGCAAGAAUCCAUGCAAACUUGUGACGAAUGCCGCUGCCUAGCUUCCGCGUUUAUUUCGAGGGAAAUUGUGGCCGUACCCAUGCUCAGGGGAUACCUGGGCAAGGCCUUCAACAAUGAAAACAAGGUUCAGGGGAGGAGGAAAAAACGCGUGCAGGUUAGGAUCGCGGGGGGGGUUGGGUUUGAUAUGGCUAGAUUACGCAGCAAAGAGGCGGACACUGGAGCAUUUCUGGCAAUUUUUGGACCCAGCGGAGUGGCCCAACCCACAAAUUUCGCCGGCAAAUGCCAUCUGAUUGGAAUUUUAUACACCCAAAUACCGCUAUACCUCGUCGCCAGGGUCGAUCUACCAAUAGAAACAGCUCAAAUAAUCAAUAAAUGCGACUGCCCCCGAGUUUUAAUCACAUCUCCGGGUGGCAGCGGAAGCGGCAGCGUUGUUACCAUUGGAAAUGACAUACAGAUCUCCAAGCAUAGGGAUAGCCACAGCCCCGAACAUGACGAGUACAUUUGCAGAAUCAUAAAUAAAGCCCUAACCAUAUACGAUGGCAGAACUUUUGAAGGCGUGUUUCAUUGCCACCUAAAUGGUUCAGUACUGAGACACUCUGAUAAUUUCCGCUACGUACCGUACGUACCGUACAGCGAGCGCCAAGACAAUCACAUCCAGUGCAAUUUACUGCAUAUUGAUGACAUGGACCUAGGGUACACUUUGAUAAUAGCGGAGCCUGGGUUUCCACUACACGUCUACCGGUCUAACACUGGCAUGGAGAUAGGGGCCCUAACCACCUUCAUCUUGAAGAAAUUUGAUUGCAUGGCGCUGGUUCCAUGUGUUCCUAUUACAAUAUCGCAACCACUCAAACUACCAAAUAGGCCUUCUGUGGUGACUAUAUCUGCCACGAAUUAUUAUUUGCAGCUGAGCGUUUCCCACAAUGAUUGCCACUUACACCGCAUCCAUCUACCGCAAUUUCCUUCUCUGAGAUUCAGUGAUGGUACUGAUAACAUUUUUUCCGAAGAUUACAUUCCUUUAAAAUCCCCUUUGCUCUCACAGUUACACCCGAUUAGUUUAGGUACUACAGUUGCAUACUUGGGUAUUGACGAGGGGGGAUUGUCAAUAUUUACAUUGGAUACUAUAACCCGCCCAAUAACACCUUUCAACGACUGGAUAUCAUUUAAGCAGUCUGAUUUUAGCGUUGGACACCUGGAAACUUGUGCCGAUAUGCCAUACCAGCUCUGGUCAAAUGUUGACAGGGUUGACAAUCAGCUAUCUUUCGACGGCAGCGUCUCCUUCACAAAGAUUGCAACGUCAAUUAGAUGCUAUUACCUCACUGAUGGCCACAGGGUAUCACCUGAGCCAGCUCCCGGUGCCGUGGGGAAAUUAUGGGCGGUUUCGAUGGGGAAACGGUGCCCAAUAUCAGAGUUAUUGCGAGGGGUGCUGGAUGAUAGGGCUGGCGAACAGAUUUACCAUUUGCACUCGGAAUUUGGUUCAAAAAUCACGGCCACCGAGUUACUUUCUAGGGUUGAACCUCAUUCUUUGCUUCUGACUCAGUUGGAGUUGUUGUCUUUGGGUCAGUCAAACGAUGCUUGCGAGGAUUAUACUUGCAACAUUUCAUGCGAUCGUUACAAGAUUUGUGUGGGCCAUUUGGCAUCACAGGGAGUCAUCUACGGGUAUUAUGAAUUACCUCCAUUCACGAAAGUCAUGUCAAUUUCGUUUGGUAUUGUAGGCGGUAGGGAAAUGCUGUUAGUGGGGACGGCUCAGGGGUUGGGCGAGAUGAUUGAUUGCAUUGGUGAGUUUUAUAUAUUAGAUCUCGACCGUAUUUUCGAUCCUUCAGACAAUCUCAGUACUAAUUCUCUGGAAUUAGUGCACAAGAGGCAAUUCUCUGGCCCUGUCAUGUCAAUAAAGCCUGCUGUGGGCGAUCUGGACUGGCCCAACAACCCUUACAAUAAUUUUUGCCUCGACGUGAUAGAGGAGCGGGAUUUGGGACUGGACACAUCUUUGGGCACUGUCUACUUGGAUGAAGUGACGACAGAAGUCUUGGACAAGGAUUCCAAAUCAUCCAUACAUGCAGUUGUUUACAGUGACCAAUUUUUUCAUUCUGUUGGGUCUCGCCUUUUUAUGCAUGAAAUUUCAAAUGGAACUUUCAUUCGCGGCGCCUUUUGCGACAUGCCCUUUUGCGUAACUGAUAUCUCUAUGAUUGACAAUUUUAUUGUGGCUGGAGAUGUGCUCAAGGGCGUGGGCUUGUUCAUGUACAGACAUUUUGGGGCUUCUGAUACACGUGCAAUUUGUCGUGUUGCCUCGACAAACGUCUCAACCACUUUACCGGUACUGGCUGUUUCUGCCACAGUAUGCGAUGAUUCUCUUGCAAUCAUAGCUGCAGACUCUGAUUCACACUUGCACCUGCUAUCGUUUAGUCUAGAAAAAGCGCGUGCCGCGGGCCCAGACACGCUGGUGCAGGAUAAAAUCACCUCCUCCAAACUACUUACCCUUUCUCAGGUGAAACUGUACAGGAAGAUACUGCACUUUAGGAGGUCUAGCUACAACAUCAAUUAUUCAUUCGCUGCCGACGGUUCUGUGGUAAAGGUCGGAAUAUAUACCGCCCACCAAAUCAAGUUGUUUAAGCUGCUGGAGGAGGCCGUGGCCAGGUUCAUGGACUUUCCCAUGGGCAUUUGCGUAAAGCCCUUGGACAACCUAACUGCUGAGGACUCCCUAGCCGUAAAUGUAGAUACGCUCAGACACUUUUUGUACAUGCCUUAUCAGGUUAAGCUUCGGGUCGUGGAUAAGGUCGGCGUGAAGAACGUGAAUAUUGGCAAGUGGACCAGACUGGUCUCCAACUUGCUGCAAUAA